CAAGGAAGUAAGUUAUCAUUUUAUGGGCGUUCUCUAGCUUUUACAUAAGGAUUUGAUUAUGGCGUCUGCAAAUUCCGAUAGGGUGUGUAUUCACAAUUGGAGAGUUCUAUGUCACGGUAAAUCAAAACAAGGAAAUGGAAGACACGGCUCAAUUUACAGGUCAUCUAGGCCUGAUCUUAUGGACCCUCUCGACUUAGAAGAAUUCAAGAAACAUGGUAUUAAAUGCAUUAUUGAUUUGAGAUCGGAUAAAGAUUAUGAAAUAGCGUCUGGAUCCAAAGUCCUCGACAACUAUUAUAAGCUAUACAAAGUGGUUCUACCGAAAUCCAACUGUUAUAAGCAACAGGAACCUGUAAUUUGCCAAGCCAUUGAAGGGAAAAAGAAGAAAAAGGCAAAGGGACCAGCAACCGAAAUUUUGGAAAAGAAACAUUUUCUUAUAAAUUUCUUUACUAGUGCAUACACAUCAACAUUAUUCAAAAGAGCGCCGUGGUAUAUUCAACUAAUAUCUCUUUUUAUUGCAAUAUUUGACUUCAUAUUUAGAACGGGCUUUAAAAAUUUCGUGCGUUUAUUUGCAGUAACUGUUAUAAAUCGUGCAGGGAUAGCAGCUUCUUAUUUAGAUAUUGCUGAAAUGAGUAAAGGAGGAAUAUGUGCUGGACUUAAACUUUUAACGGAUAAAAACAACAUGCCUGCGAUGAUCAACUGUGCGCAUGGCAAAGACAGAACGGGUAUUUUGUCAGCAAUGGUUUUAUCUGUGUUAGGAGAAACUGAGGAAAAUAUCAUAACAGAUUACGCUCUAUCACAGGAAGGACUUCUACCCAUCAGAGAUCGAGUAUUUAAGGAGGUUGUAGAAAAAUAUUACUGGGAUAAAUCGUUCUGUGAUGCAAACCCAGAGAACAUGAGAAUGUUGUUAAAUUACUUAAAUAAAACGUAUGGUUCAGUAAAAGAUUAUUUAGUUUCCAUUGGAUUCAGUGAAGAAGAACAAGAAAUACUUAGAAAGAACUUACUGGAACAUGAAUAGUGAUGUAUACUGUAUGUUUGCUAGAAUAUUUCUAGUCAUUGUAUAUAUAUAUUAGUAGUAUUGUAAAAGCAUGUUAUUACCUCCAUAUAUGAAGUAUAUAAAUUUUCCACUUUUUUUAUCAAAUGAUCUCGGAGGAGGGUCAUCCCAAAACAGGGAAAUAUAUGCCUGCAAUGCAUGAGGAUCUGUAAAGGGGUCCUUCAAUUCUGUAUUCUUAAAUUUUGAUGCCAUUUUUCUCUAUUCCUGAUCUUUUUCAUUAUUGUUUUGGCCAAUUAUUUUUAAUUAAAGAUGACAUAGAGAGGUAGCCUUUUUUCAUGCCAACAAAGUGCUACCAGAAUGUUCCCCCUUGGCACAGAAUAGCUGAUAUUUAUUAUUACUUUGUUCCAAAAUUAUAUAUGACUGAGAUAUUUUGUGAAAAUAUUUGAGAGGUUGGAUUUUCCCCCUCACUUUUACAUUAUUUCCUUUUUUUUCAUUGAGUUUAUCAUAAGAUUAUUUAGAGUGGUUUUAUAUGAAAGCCAUUAUAAAAUUAUUGCUUAAGUUAUCACUUUGUAGCUCACCUGGCCCACAGGGCCAAGUGAGCUUUUCUCAUCACUUGGCGUCCGUUGUCGUCAUCGUUAACUUUUACAAAAAUCUUCUCUGAAACUACUGGGCCAAACUGAACCAAACUUGGCCACAAUCGUCAUUGGGGUAUCUAGUUUUUAAAAUGUGUGGCGUGACCCGGCCAACCAACCAAGAUGGCCGCCAUGGCUAAAAAUAGAACAUAGGGGUAAAAUGCAGUUUUUGGCAAAUAACUCAAAAACAAAAGCAUCUAGAGCAAAUCUGACUUGGGGUUAAAUUGUUUAUCAGGUCAAGAUCUAUCUGUCUACAAAUUUUCAGAUUCCCUGAAAUUUUCAGAUUAAUUGGACAACCCGUUGUUGGGUUGCUGCCCCUGAACUGGUGAUUUUAAGGAAAUUUUGCUGCUUUUGGUUAUUAUCUUGAAUAUUAUUAUAGAUAGAGAUAAACUUUAAAAUACAAUUAAUGUUCGCAAAGAAAGAUCUAUAAAUAAGUCAUCAUGACUGAAAUGGUCAGUUGACCCCUUUAGGAGUUAUUGCCCUUUAUAGUCAAGUUUUAACCAUUUUUUCGUAAAUCUUAGUUAUCUUUUACAACAAUCUUCUCCUCUGAAACUGCUAGGCCAAGUUAAUUAUAGAGGUUCAGUUAACUAAGAUGUAUAAACACAUCAUCACCAAAACACAAUUUUGUCAUGAAUCCAUCUGCGUCCUUUGUUUAAUAUUCACAUAUACCAAGGUGAGCGACACAGGCUCUUUAGAGCCUCUGGUUUAUUUAGAGAGAAAUGAAGAGAAUGGUAAAUUUUAUUUGUAUUAAACAUUACGACGAUAAGGGUUCUCUACCUACAUGAAACUUCAGAUGCAUUAGUUCAUCAGUCCUUCAAUUUCGACAAUAGGUAAACAAAUCUUGAUCACCAUACAAAUUACACGGUACUAAUAUCCUUUCUGCAACUAUCUUUGGAAUGCUCAAUUCAUACUUUUCUCAGCAGCAUAUUAUCAGUUUUUUUUGUAUUUUUUUUGUCAGAAGGCAACAAAGUGAGACGGACAAACAGAUCGGUCAAACAUUUACACCUAGGGGCGGAUCCAGCAACCCAUA